UCUCUACCGGGGAAUUACUUCCUACGCACUGAGUGAAAAAACAAGGAGCGUUAGCUUAUCAGGUAGCCAACAUGCGAGAUAAAUAGUUUGGUUAUGUGUUAAUUUAUCGGUAAAGACUACUGCCUAAUUGAAUUAGUAGUUCGUUAAAUUUAUUGUUUUUUUGGUGUUUUGUUUUAGCUAAAGAUUUAGCUUUUUUUUUUUAGUAGUUGCGGACCUGAGCGAAGCGAGGACGGUUAGCGUGAAAACUGACGUUAACGUAUAUAAUUUUAGAAAAAUCGGGGCAGUGUUUGUUGUGCAUCAUAAAUGUGCACAGUGCUGUUGUGCAAACUGAACAGGUAAAAUAAGCGAAGCAACUAAAACGCUUCCGUGCCUGCAGUUGGCAUCUGAGGCCCACACGAUGGCUGCUGCACAACCUGCAGCCGAACCGAGUUCCUCCAAAAACGACAUCGAUAUAUACAGCGACUUGCAUGCGAACGAUGAGGAUUUGGAAGCAAACGACCUUUUUGAUGCUGUUCUUACUGGAACGGUUGAUCAAGACAAAAAGACGAUCACUAAGGAAGCUUCGGCUAAAAAAGAGGAUAAACCAAAAGAUGGGAAUGCACAUAAAGGAAGAGACUCUUCAGUGAGACUCUCUUUAUACAUUGGGAAUUUCUCUUGGUGGACAUCUGAUGAAGACCUUUUAAAUAUAGCCAAAAGACUGGGUGUAAAGGACGUCGAAGAGAUCAAAUUUGCUGAAAACAAAGUUAACGGCCUGUCAAGGGGCUAUGCAGAAGUGGUGGUGUUGUCUGAAAAUUCCUUUAAAAUAUUAUUGGAAAAAAUACCACAAUGCCAUAUCAAUGGGGAGAAAUUAGUGUGCCGUUAUGCCACUCUCCAGAAUCUUUCUGUAUUUGAGGAUAUCGCAAAUAAACGUAUGCCCGUACAAGCUAGUUCCGAUUCUAAAGAAUCUAUUUCCACACAAAAGACUUCCACACCAGUAUCAUCACAGCAGCCCAGGAACCCUCCUGGACCUCCACCUUUCCCACCACCUUCAUUUCCACCUAGUUUUCCUCCAUCGCCCAGUCCUUUCCUCCUUCAGCCACCCCCUCUGUUCCCAAACAUGCCACCUGUAAUGUCGCCACUCAUUCCACCUCCUUUGUUCUCGCUGCAUCCUGCUCAGACAACUGGCCAACCACCUUCUGGUUUUCACAUGAGUCCUCCUUUCUUCAGCCAGACACAGGAAAGACCGAGCAGACCGUUAUACAGCCAACCAGCAAAACUCUCUCAAAGCAAAGACGAUUUUGAAGAACUAAUGAGCAGAAACCAGACCAUUGCCAGCAGUGCAAUCACCAAGGCCAUAUCUGGGGCAACAGCUGGAGAGCAGCAGAUGGCCAUGGAGACACUAUUAACGGCGAUUGCCAUCAUAAAGCAGUCUAAAGUGCACGGGGAUGAACGCUGCCGAGCUUUGGUCACCUCACUCAAAGACUGUUUAGUCUCGAUCCAAAGCAACUGUGAAACCAGCAGGCGUUCAAGAGAGAAAGACAGAGACCGGGACAGAGGUCGUGAAAGAGACCACGACCGCGACAGAGAUCGUGACAGAGAGCGAUACCGAGAUCGUGACCGAAGUGACUCUUACAGCAGGGAAGGUGCGGGAACGUCUCGAAGACAUAGAGAACAUUCCUGGAGUGGAGACAGGGACAAAGAGCGCUUACGAGAGCGAGAAAGACAUCGAGAUUACAAAGACCGAUACUACUAACCUGACUGAAGAAUCCUGCCGGGGAAAGAUGAGCAUUUUCUUGCACCAAGGUUGAUAAAUGUCAAAACUCUUUGAAGCUGAGACAUUGGAUGUUUGAAAGUAUGAAACCUACUUUUUAUCAGUUAUAUUCACCAUGUCUGAUUUGUUUUAAGAAAAAGUUGUGUAGAUUCAUUCUUGUAUUAUAGAAUUUCAACAUGCAUGUAGUGAACACCUGUUAAUAACUUGUUUUCAUUCUUUUUUUUGUAUAAAUUCUACAAAUAAAAAAAAAUCCUCCA